CGUAGUGCGGUUUUAUUGUGAGGUUGCGAUGAUCAAGUGCGUGCAUAUAUAGCUCAUCAGUCCCACAUGUUAUUAAAAUGAAUAUUACGCAAAUAAAACAUUUUCUUACAGAAACCGUAGUGUAGGUAAAUCUCAAUAUGAAUUUCUAUUUAUUAAUUUGAGAGGCACAGAAAUUGGAGGUAAUGGGGGCAUUUCAAAAAUUAAAACUUUUGGUAUGGAAGAACUUCCUCCUUCAGAAGAGACAUAAAUUUCAAACAUUGUUUGAAAUUGCUUCGCCUGUGAUAUUUUCACUAUUUUUAAUUUUAAUAAGAUGUCUUGUGGAUCCAAAAGAAAAACCGGAAAUUUCUUAUACAUCAUUUCAACCAAUGUAUUAUAAUGCUAGUGGAAGAGACAUUGGUAAUAUCACAACAGUAAAACAACAAGGCACCCUAGCAUUUUCACCUGAAGGUGCAUUACCAAGGAAAGCACUAAAGGAUGCUUUAGAAUUUGUAGCAAUGGAGAACCUUAGUGGUCUACUUGCACUCCUGUUUGAUCCUAAAAUGCUGCCAGAACCUAAGGGAUUUAAGGAUGCUAAAAGUAUGGAGAUAGCUCUAACCCAGCCAAAUGCCAUGAAAUCUAUUCUUACUGGAGUACAAUUUGAGGAUAACAUGGCCAACGCCACUAAAUGGCCCGAGAAUGUCGUGAUCACGAUACGAUUCCCCGCCACAAUGAGGACGCCGAUGGUCGACAACCCUAUAAGGCUAAGUUGGAGGACGAAUCUCUUGUUCCCUUUGAUUACAAAACCUGGCCCGCGAGACCCUGACGACAAAUAUGGCGGAAAAACACCAGGCUAUUCUCUAGAGAUGUUCUUAGCAGUCCAACACGCAGUGUCACAGGCCGUAAUAAAAGAAAAGUUAGGGAAGUCCUUGGACACUAAAGUAUUACUGCAGCGAUUUCCUCAGUUAGCCUACAGAGAUGACCAGCUGUUGAUCGCCCUUGAGAAGUUUAUCUCCAUGAUAAUAAUGCUGUGCUUCGCGUAUACAUUUGUAAAUACUGUGAGAGUUGUGACUUCUGAAAAGGAGCUGCAAUUAAAGGAAACAAUGACAAUAAUGGGCUUGCCUUCUUGGCUGCAUUGGCUGGCAUGGUUCAUCAAGCAAUUUUCAUUCGUUCUCAUUUCUGUAAUUCUUAUGGUGAUUUUAUUGAAGAUACCAUUUAACUCCACCGAAACUGGAAUCCGUUACUCGGUGCUCACGUUCACGCCUUGGUCGGUGCUUUUCUUUUUCAUGGUGCUAUUCGUCAUCGCUUCAUUAGCAUUUUCUUUUAUGGUCAGCGUGUUCUUCACUAGAGCUAAUACCGCUGCGUCAUUCAUGGGGCUGGCUUGGUUUACCACAUACUCGGUGUAUAUGCUCACGCAAAUUAUUUACGAGGAUGUUCACUGGUUUAAAAAGAUGAUGUUAAGUUUAAUUUCGAAUGCGGCGAUGGGGUUCGCCUUUCAGAUGCUUGUUACUUGUGAGGGCACUUCAAGAGGUUUACAGUGGAACGAAUUCUUCAAACCUAUAUCUUAUCACGACAACUUCAUGCCUGGUCAUGUGGCCAUAAUGUUGGUCCUGGACACAAUAUUGUAUAUGCUGAUUGCUAUGUACGUUGAAAAAAUAAUACCGGGGCGAUAUGGAGUGCCCCUGCCGUGGUAUUUUCCUUUUACGAAAAGUUUUUGGGUGCCAAAUAAAAUCAAAAUUGCAGAUCUUGCUAAUAAUUCAGAUGCAGAAUAUAAAAAUGCGUUGCUGAAAGUGGUUCAUGACGAAGAGCCAGAUGCAAUACCCGCAGUCAAUAUUAAAAAUCUUACAAAAAUUUAUAGAGGACGCAAAAAAGCAGUAGACAAUUUAAAUUUGCGAAUAUACGAAAAUGAAAUCACUGUAUUAUUAGGACAUAAUGGAGCUGGGAAAACAACAACGAUAUCUAUGCUGACAGGUACCGUGCCACCAACAUCAGGAACGGCGACAGUAAGCGGCUUUAACAUCGUCACAGAGACGGAGCAGGCGCGCAAGUCGCUCGGCAUCUGUCCGCAACACAACGUGCUGUUCCCGGACCUAACGGUCGAGGAGCACCUCAUAUUUUACUCCCGGUUAAAAGGAGUGUUGCCGAGUCAGUUAGAUAGCGAAGUUGAUCAUUUUGUUAAGCUGUUGGAGUUGGAAGACAAGAAAGACGCACUAUCAAGUAAUCUAUCAGGCGGACAGAAACGUCGCCUCUCAGUCGGGGCCGCAAUGUGCGGAAAGUCCCGGGUUGUCCUACUAGACGAACCCACUUCGGGCCUUGACCCGGCCGCCAGGCGGGGAUUAUGGGACCUCUUGCUCAAAGAAAAGAAAGGUCGCACCAUAAUCCUCACAACACAUUUCAUGGAUGAGGCGGACGUCCUAGGCGACCGUAUCGCCAUCAUGGCCGGUGGUAAACUACAGUGCAACGGCACGCCAUACUUCCUCAAGAAACAUUACGGCAUCGGCUACAAAUUGACCAUUGUUAAGGCCGAGCACUGCAACGUCGACAAUGUGACGAGUUUCUUCAACCAGUAUAUACCGGAUAUUAAGGAAAACUCUAACAUAGGUUCCGAAUUAACGUAUAUCCUACCAAACGAAAACGUUAGCAAGUUCCCUGGAAUGCUGAAAAAAUUUGAAGAGAGAAGAGAGGCUUUGCAUGUUUCCAGCUACGGUCUUUCGGUCACCAGCCUUGAAGAAGUUUUUAUGAAAGUGGGAGCGGAAAAAGCAGACGGAAGUUCAUCUAUUGAUCUAAGGAACAUGCAUAAUGACCACGCUAUAGUACCCAUGGGCAAACACUAUCAAAACAAUUUAGAUACAGAACCGAUACAGAAAGAGCGAGGAUUCAAAUUGCUCAAAAACCACAUAAAGGCUAUGUUUCUUAAGCUAGCAUACAAUUCGACCAGGAAUAAACUUGUAAUGUUCAUACAAAUUGUAUCACCAAUCAUCAACAUAUGUUUAUCAGUAAUUAUAGCGAGAUCCUGGAACUUUAUUCGUUCCUUGCCUCCUUUGACACUUAGUUUGGAAAGUGGGUUUAAGAAAACGCAGACUCUAAUAUCGUUCAGUGCUGACAUGGAAGCUGGUAGUAUGGGCCAAAAGUUUCUGAACGCGUAUAAAGAUUACUUCAAGCAAUCGAAGUACCCUGGCAUGUCGUAUAAUGACAUCGCAACGAUGGAUAUGGGACGUCACUAUCUGAAGCUGAGUAGAGAGGGCCCCGAGCGCGUUCACUACGAGAACGUCAUAGGCGCGACGUUCGAGCCCGACUCCAUCACGUGCUGGUUCAGUAACUACGGGUACCACGACUCGGCCAUCUCACUCGCACACGUGGAUGAUGCUAUGAUGCGUGCUGCUUUACCCGGGAGCUCUUUGAAAAUCGUCAACCAUCCGUUACCGUAUAGCAUUGAGAAUCUUCUGAGAGUGAUGGCCACUGGUGGGACCAUGGGUUUUCAAUUUGCAUUCAACAUGGGAUUUUGUAUGGCAUUCGUUGCAUCGUUUCUGGUGCUCUUUGUGAUUAAGGAGCGCAUAAGUGGCGCGAAGCUGCUCCAGCGCGUCUCGGGCGUGCGGCCGGCCGUGCUGUGGGUCUGCGCUUUGGUAUGGGAGUGGAUAUGGUUACUGACCAUCCAUCUCACCAUCAUCAUCACUCUGGCGUGCUUCCAGGAGGUUACGCUGUCUACGCCAGAUGAACUAGGCAAAGUGCUGUUAGUUCUCAUGGUAUUUUCGCUAGGAAUUAUACCUCUACACUUUGCAGCGUCUUUCUGCUUCGACGCGGCCGCUACAGGGUUUUCAAAAAUGUGCUUCUUUAAUGUAUUCACGGGAUGCAUGCCUUUCCUCAUAACGGAGGUGCUGAGACUGCCAGAAGUGGGGAGCCCCUUCUAUGCCAACUUGUUUGAUUGGAUAUUCUCCGUGCUGCCACUUUACUGCUUAUGUAGAAGCCUGAGAGACAUGAGCGUGUCAGGGUUCGCACUGACGGCGUGCGACGCGCUCUGCGACCAAUUCGUGAACAUAGACAACUGCACGAGACAUACCUUAUGCAGCAAGUUGAAUAUCAGCGUGUGUUGUAUUGAAGACUACCCAUUUUUGGACUGGGCCGAGCCCGGAGUCGGUCGAUAUCUGUUCAUGAUGGCCUUCGUGGGAGUGUUCGUCUUCACCAUUAUGCUUCUUAAGGAAUACGAAGUGAUUAACAAGGUAUUCUAUAAGACGAGCCCACCACCGCCGCCGCCCGACGACAAUGAAGACGAAGACGUCAAGCGCGAGCGGGCGUACGUUCACUCGCCCAUCUCGGGCCGGGACAGUCUCAUCUGCAGAGAUCUCACUAAAUAUUACGGCGAUUUCCUCGCCGUCAAUAGGCUCUGCCUUUCCGUACACAAAGCAGAAUGCUUCGGGCUACUCGGGAACAACGGCGCUGGCAAAACCACCACGUUCCGAAUGCUCACCGGCGACGUCAGGAUCUCCAGCGGAGACGCCUUCGUGCUCGGGCUAUCCAUCAAGACUCAGUUGCAACAAGUCUACAGACAGAUAGCAUACUGCCCUCAGUUCGACGCGCUGCUAGACAAUCUGACCGCGCGCGAAAACUUGCAGAUAUUCUGUCUCCUGCGCGGGAUCCCCACGAGGCUGGGCUCCGACCGCGCGUGGCAGCUCGCCAACGCGCUAGGGUUCGCUAAACAUUACGAUAAACAGGUAUAUCAGUGCAGUGGAGGCACAAAAAGAAAGAUCAGCACUGCAGUGGCACUUAUGGGCGACUCACAGCUUCUUUUCUUAGACGAACCAACAACAGGCAUGGACCCAGCCUCCAAACGUCUCGUGUGGUCGUGCAUCAGCUCGGCGGUGGCGCGCGGGCGCAGCGUGGUGCUGACGUCGCACAGCAUGGAGGAGUGCGAGGCGCUCUGCUCGCGGCUCACUGUCAUGGUCAACGGCGGGCUGCAUUGCUUGGGAUCACUCCAGCACCUUAAGAGCAAGUUUUCGCAAGGGUAUACACUCGUGGUGAAGUGUCAAGCUGGGCAACAAAGGAACGCCGACUUGGAAAACAUCAAUACCGUAAUAUUAGAACGUUUCAACGAUAUAACUCUUGUAGAAUCGUACCUAGGCAUCAACACGUACUACAUCAAGGACCCGGGCCUGCCGUGGUGGCAAGUGUUCCACGCGAUGGAGGAGCUGCGCUCGCAGCUCCCCAUGGAGGACUACUCCGUCACGCAGACCUCUCUCGAACAGGUGUUCCUUAAGUUCACUAUGUCAGAGUCCAGUACUAAAUACAAGGGCGGGUAAGGACAGCUUAUGUAUUUGAAACCAAAAGUAAUUUUUGAGUACGACAGCCAAAUGAUUAACCCUUAAGUUCAUAGCGGCAACGUACUUGCCAUCAUGCUUAAAACAAAAACGCAUGUCUACAAUAAGAAUUAUAGUUCGAAAUCGAAUGACUAGAAAGGAAUGUCAAAUGGAUUAAGGGUUAAGAAAUUCUGUUACGACCGUACGGAAAUAUAACAUGCAUAAAGUGGAGCGUAGGCCUGGUUGUAUCAGAAUUUUAUCGUACAUUUCGCGGCUAAAGUUGUCAAGCCCUAACAUAUAACAUAAGGUCUCACUAGAGUUAUAGCGUCGAACAGUACCUGCUUUCUCAACUGUCUAACGAUAUUUAGCUCCACUUGCUAUUAGU